GGGGCAGCUUGAGAAACCGACUGUGUUCGAGGAGCUGUUUUCAAACACUUGGCGCAACGACGUCCGUAUUGCAUCUGAAUCACGUGAUCAUGAAAGGCACUCUGUCCAUCACCGUCAUUUUGGCCUUCGUGCAAGUGCAAGGGGCGCUAAGCAGCUGCACCGCGGGAGGAGGCGUGUGUGUCAGCGCCCGAUUGUGUUCUACUACUGUUAUCAACGAGACAUGUUCGGAGGGAGAAGUGUGCUGCAGUUCUAGAGCUGACCUCUGUCUGGUGACGACCCAACAAUGCGAAAAGAAAAGCGGGCGCUGCGACAGGAAGUGCAACCGCCUGAACGAGAAGGAACAGCUGAACCUGUGCAGCGGCUCCGGCUGUCUGUGCUGCACCAAAGAAAAGAAAUGCAAGCAAACGGGGAAAUGCAAGAACAAGAACGGCAAAUGCUUCUACCAGUGUAACCCCAACGAAGAAUCCUUCCGGUCGCUGUGCAAAGGCAGUUGUGUGUGCUGCGUCGAGCGGUGCGAGGCGAGCAAGGCCUGCGAGGUGCUGGGCGGAAGGUGUGCAGAGACGUGCGAUUCUUCAGAGCGAGGUGUAUCGGGACUCUGCGUCGGGAACGCGUGCAAAUGCUGUGUGACUCUUCCGACGACAACAUCGACCACGCUGGCCAUCCGGAGCAGCACCUCCUCGCCCUCCACCUCGUCCACCGUCACCACUUCCACGCCCAUGUCCUCCACCUCCACGACCUCCUCCACCAGCUCUUCCUCGACCACGACGUGGGGAGGAUGCCUGAAGCCGGUCCCCGAAUGUUCCUUCAGCAACGGCCAGUGUCGGGACAGGUGCGAGAGGAACGAGAGAGAAAUGGAGGGCUGCGGCAAUAGGUGCUCCUGCUGCGUGCCAGAGAACGCUUGCAAGUCAGAGUCACCGGAGUGCAAAGACGUCGGUGGAUCUUGCGAGCUGCCCAGCCAGUCGCUCCUCAACAAGUGUGAUCUGGUUAACCUCAGUCUGUGUCCCGGAUGUGCCUGCUGUGUCGACUGCACGAAGCAGAAAGACAACAAUUGCCGCAGCGCCUAUGACGGGACUUGCAAGAAGCAGUGCUCGAGCAGUGAGCUGUGGGUGAGCCCGUGCCAGGCGGGGUGCCAAUGCUGCGGCUGCGAGACCACGCGCAAGUGCAAGAAGGAAGGGCGGCAUCUGCAUACCUGAAAAGGAACAAUGUCGUGGCAAGGCCAUCCGGAAGUUUUGUUCUGGGAAAGACUGCACCUGCUGUGUACCGAAGGACAAGUGCGGCUGGAACACACCCAAGUGCUCCACAUAUAAUGGUCGGUGCGAUUCCACGUGCAAGAAGGACGAGGCAUCAAUCCCUGGCGUGUGUGGCAGCGACAAUUGCAAAUGCUGCGUCACCGGCAGGUCGGACUGUACAACCAGUGAGCUGUGUGAAAUGAUCGGAGGCCGCUGUGAAGAUCGCUGCCCACGGUACAUGUCGAGCAUCAAGGACCUCUGUUCGGGCAGUCGGUGUUCCUGCUGUGUCUACAUCACCGGCAACCCUAAUAACUAAAUAUUUGCAGAUAAGGACGAGCAAUGACCAAUCCCACUGUAAGAGAGGCCGACAUGGAAGGAAAUUCACACAGAUCUCAGAACAAGUUAUAUUGUCUUGCAUGAUCUCUCUUCCUCUUGUUUCAAUGUCUUUCAUUUAAGUUUCCUUCCUUUGUUGCUUUGUUUUUCCCGUUUUUCAGUUCAAUUUAGUUAUUUUUCUAUUAUUAUUCCCUCCCAUUAUAGUAUUCUGUCGUUUAACUGACUAGAUCUUACUUUAUUUAUAUUUAUGCGCUUUGAGCAACUGAAAAACUGAAAAAAAGAUGAGAAAAUUUAUGGAAAAAAUAUACACAUGCAUAAAUGUUACUGCACAUAUAUAUGAGCUAAUAUAUACACACUAAUUCAUAUGGAUAUACUGUACAUAAUACUGUAUGUGUAUUAUGAUUUAUAAUUAUAAAGCGUCUUUAUCUAUAUGAAUA